UCCGACUCGGCGACAACCACGGCGAUUCAACGCGGUGCAUGAUGGACACAAGUUGAUGUCUCCUAGACUUUCUCGGUGUUCGUCAGCUUGGCCUACAUGGAUACGAUCCUCCCUUCCAAAUCCCUCGACCACCUCAUCCUCACCCUCACCCUCGUCCUCUCCGACGCGGUUCAUCCAAAUGCCCCCUCCUCGCGAUGACCCCCUCCCACGUGGCAUUUACAAUUCACAGUCGGACCUGUGUCCCAACCCGGAACGACCUUCCUUCUUCUGGCGCAAUGCCAGCCAUCAGACAUUACUCUUGGUCGGUGCCGCCGCACGCUUCUUCCUCUAUGGCCUGAACGAUACCACUGUCAAUGGCCUCCCGCGCUUCCUCGAAUUGUUAAAAUCUCGAUCCGAUUACAAGACGCGUCAGCGUGGCCUCUUGACUGUCUCCAACCACAUAUCCGUGCUUGACGAUCCUAUCAUAUGGGGAGUCCUACCCAUGUCUUUUCAUGCCUACUACGGCUACAUGAACCACCGCUGGACGUUUGGCAGUCAUGACAUCUGCUUUAAAUCCAACCCGCGCUCUCACUUCUUCACCCUGGGACAAGUCCUUCCAACCCAUCGUUCAGCAUACUCCCCUCAUGGGGGUCCAUUCCAAGCCACCAUGACCGAAGGAAUCCGGCUGCUGUCCAGGAUAUCCACCGAGAAGCCAUCACUUCGCUUCUUCGACAGUCCCCGUCGGGCUGGGAACUCAUAUGUCCCCUCAUGGCCGCGCGACAUCGUCGAUCCAUUCAGCGACCUAAGUCCCGCUCCCUCCUACCCAUCAUACCCCUCGGACGUAAGAUGGUACCACAGUCCCUCUCGCUACGCCAGCAAUUCGUAUUCAUGGGUACACAUCUUCCCUGAGGGCAUGAUCCAUCAGACUCCAGACGACGCAUAUACAAUGAGAUACUUUAAAUGGGGCGUCGCACGACUGAUCCUGGAACCGGCUGAAUGUCCAGACGUGGUUCCCAUGUUCAUUGAAGGGACUGAUAAAGUAAUGCACGAGACGCGGACAUUCCCACGGUUUCUGCCACGAAUUGGGAAGAAAAUUACGGUGACGUUUGGCAAAGAGCUCGAUGUGGAAGCGACGUUUGGGGACCUUCGAAAACGGUGGCGCGAACUGCGUGACGCAGAUACAAAGGCCCAGGGCUUCAUUCCAGACAGUGAGCAGGACUCCUGGAACGAUCUGGCCCGCGGUGUGGUGACCGAGUCAUUGGCUCAUCAUCCUGAUGCCAUCUCUCUGCGCAUCGAGUGUACGCGAAGGAUUCGAGAUGCGGUGCUGGAGGUGCGGCGCUCGAGAGAAUAUCCUGACGAAGAUCCCAAGAAUGGGGCCGUCGAAACGUGGUUGAGAGAAGGACCGAAGAGGGAGGGCAAGAUGGAGGAUGGCAGUUGGGUCAAAGAAGGUUGAGGCUGUUGCUUCGCAUUUGUAUAGAUAUAGCACGGCAUAUAAUUCACACCCAGACCAAAGAAUGUCUGGCAAUACUUUGUAUAGCACUUAAGAGAUACCGAACCACGGUGGUAAUGUAAUCUCUGCUUGAUGGCU